UUCUCUCCGAACUCGUAAGUAUAUGUCUGUGUGAGACCCAGAGAGAACAAUGUCCAUGUCUCUCACUUCUUUUGCCACAUUGUCUUAAACAAAUUUAACAUCAACCCACAUGUGCAGCUUGGAUUAAUUCCUACACAGCUUCUCUGUUUUCCUGUUCCUAUUUCAUAAAAGCUCUAUCUGUAUCUCCUUGCAUGUCAUAAACACAGCUACAUACACUUGUUUUUCACAGGUCUUGUGCAUGUUAUACACUCUGGCUUCUAUUCACUAGUCUCUGAUGAUAUUUAUGUGUUUGGUGGUAAUGGGUAUUUGAUUAUUUAUCUAAUUAAGCAGGGUUUGUCUACAGUUGUUGUUGUUUGAAGUUUGUGGGGUUUCUGGGUUUUGAUUCGAUUCAGUGUCUGAGGCGCUGAUGGGUCCUGUGAGGGGGCUUAAGAAGAGGAAGAAGGCAGAGAAGAACAAGUCUUAUGAAGAUCAAAAUGCUUCUGGCUCUGGAUCCUCAGAGAAGGAAGGUCCCUUGGAUUGGUGGGAUGAGUUCUCCAGGAGAAUCAAUGGUCUUCAGUCUCCAGAAAAGGGUUUAAGUAGGUUUCAAUCUAUCUUUAAAAUGUCCAGAAAUACCUUUGACUACAUAUGCUCACUUGUGAGUGAAGAAAUGAUGGCAAAGUCAGCACAUUUGAUGUUUAAUAAUGGUACACCAUUGUCUUUAUAUGAUCAAGUAGCUGUGGCUUUGAGAAGACUGAGCUCUGGUGAGUCACUAGUAAUGAUUGGCGAUUCAUUUGGGCUGAACCACUCUGCUGUUUCUCAAGUGACCUGGCGAUUUGUGGAAGCUAUGGAACAAAAGGGACUUCACCACCUGCAAUGGCCUUCAACUGAAACAGAAAUGGCAGCAAUUAAAUUGAAAUUUCAGAAAAUGCAAGGCUUUCCUAAUUGUUGUGGUGCUGUUGAUACUACUCAUAUCAUGAUGUGUUUACCAUCUUCAGACCCCGCAAGCAAUGCAUGGCUCGAUCAAGAGAAGAAUUACAGCAUGGUCUUGCAGACUAUUGUGGACCCGGACAUGAGAUUCCGGGACAUAAUCACUGGAUGGCCUGGAAAAAUGAAGGACUGGUUGGUGUUUCAGAGUUCUAAGUUUCAUGAACUCUGUAACAAAGGAGAGAGGUUGAAUGGGAAAGUAUUAGAGCUCUCCAGAGGAUUUGAUAUAAGGGAAUACAUAGUUGGCGAUUCAGGCUUUCCUUUACUGCCUUAUCUUGUAAUCCCCUAUGAAGGGAAAGAACUCUCAGAACAGAAAGAUGAGUUCAAUAAACAGCAGCGUGCUACCCAAAUGGUGGCACAGAGAGCAUUAGCAAGGUUGAAGGACUCAUGGAGGAUCAUUGAAGGAGUCAUGUGGAGACCUGACAAACACAGAUUGCCAAGGAUUAUUCUUGUUUGCUGCUUGCUUCAUAACAUUGUUAUCGACAUGGAAGAUGAAGUGCUGGAUCACCUGCCUUUGUCUCACAACCAUGAUGACUUGGCUUACCAGCAACAGAUUUGUGGAACUCUUGACAUAAAUGGUGUUCAUCUCAGAGAUAAGCUGUCUCUCCACUUGUCUGGAAGGAUGCCAUCAUAAUUAGAUUUUAACUUUCAUUCUAGAAUUAUGUCAGUACCGAAACUUAUAAAGAGGUCGAAUUGUGACUCCCUGAGAGAAUGAAAUAAUGUAUUAUAAAUUGCUCGGGGAA